GGGUGCGAUGUGUUCGUCAAGCUCCGGUGCUUAGAUGAGGCAGGGGACGCUGCGAUAUAGAAAGGCUGCUUGCAAAUUGUGGACAAUCCUUCGUGCUCCACCAUUCAGAUUCUGCCCGUCGGUGAGGCAUGGUCCUGCUGCCGACAUACACCGACAUACAAAAUGUGCAGUCACCGCGCGACCGAAGUUGUAAUGGUCAUUGCGGCCGAUACGAUAUCGCCCGCCUAGCUCAAUCGGAUAGAGCGUCAGACUCUUAUAAGUCUAGGAGGGCAUCUGAAGGCUGCGAGUUCGACCCUCGCGGUGGGCUAUACGUUUUUGAUGGUUUCUUUUUGCUUGCAACAGUCUUUCUGCUCUGUAGACCUCAUCCACUUGGUCCGACAUUGCCAUAAAACAUGAUUGAGCAUGGACAUGGGCAUUGCGCCUGCUUACGCUCAUGUCGUUUCUCCUUCAUCAUGCACAUUGGCGGAAUUAGCCGAUGUUUCCGCCAUGCAACGCCAGCAGGCUGACUGAUUUGCAGCCAG